AUGUCGUGUGUCAAAAGAGGCCGUGACAAACCCCACAAAUCUAAUGAAAAUGGAAAGAUCAGCAAUGAAUUUUUAGUGACGGCAUCAUUACGGUUCGAUGGCGCACUCAAUGUGGAUCUUACAGAAUUCCAGACAAACCUUGUCCCAUAUCCACGCAUUCAUUUUCCUCUCACAACGUUCGCGCCUAUCAUUUCAGCAGAAAAGGCGUAUCAUGAGCAGAUGACGGCAUGCUGUCUCUUAUAUCGCGGAGAUGUGGUUCCCAAAGAUGUGAAUGCAGCGAUUGCGUCUGUGAAGACAAAAAGGACCAUUCAAUUUGUUGAUUGGUCCCCAACAGGGUUCAAGGUAGGCAUCAACUACCAGCCACCGACGGUUGUACCUGGCGCAGAUUUGGCGAAACUACAGCGAGCUGUGUGUAUGCUAUCUAACACCACAGCCAUAGCUGAAGCCUGGGCAAGACUCGACCACAAAUUCGACUUGAUGUAUGCAAAGAGAGCUUUUGUACACUGGUAUGUUGGCGAAGGAAUGGAGGAAGGAGAAUUCAGUGAGGCAAGAGAAGAUUUAGCAGCACUUGAAAAGGACUACGAAGAG